CUGUCUGACCAAAAAAAACGUGCGCGUGCUGCAUUUCGUUGUAAUAUUUAUUUUAAUUAUUUCCCAAAUUUCUGUUCGCUGUCAGACAAUAUUCAAAUCUCAACGAAAUGUGGCCGCGUUUUGGCAUUAAAAUUGGUAACAGCACAAUGUGCAUUGCUUACGUAAGAUCCGACGGCAAGGCAGAAGUUAUUGCUAACAAGCAGGGCGACCGCGUCUCGCAGGCAUGUUUGCUGUGGAACGGCGACUCGGAGACCGAGUGCGGCCUGACGGCCAAACAAAAGAUGGCCACACGACCCAAGCAGGCGGUGGCGCACAGUUUCCAGCUGCUGCAGCCAGAGGCAGAGCUCAGCGAGGACAAGCUGGCCAAUGCGCUGAAGGAAGUGCCCUGUGAAUAUGACAAGGAGGCCUUUGUGUUUCGCAUGGAACACACAGUGCCAGCGGAUCGAGAUGAUCAGGACGAUACGAUAGUCACAAAAGAGAUGAGCGCAUUUGAGGUCACCGUCGAGCUGCUGCGCGCCGAACUGGAACUGGCGCGACAAUAUCACACGGAUACCGAACAUUCGCCCAUUGCGGUGCUCUCCAUACCCAGCUACUAUCCGGCACAGUCUUUCAAGCUGCUCUCAGAUGCUGCCAAGGCGGCUGGUUUUCAUGUGGCACAAAUAAUUGCGGAGCCCACAGCUGCUGUUUUGUGUUAUAAAAUUGGCGAGGAGCAGACAGAGCCGGAACGGGAGCGUCAGCACGUGCUGACCAUCAAAUGCGGCGGACUGUAUAGCGAUUUCGCCCUGUAUGCCGUGCAGAAUGGCUACUUCAUUGAGCUGGCCACCUUUGGACCUUUUCCCAUUGGCGGCCGCCAGUUCACCGAGGCGCUGGUGCAGUUCAUCUGCGAGGAGUUCAAGCGCAAGUACAAACUGGAUCCGCACGAGUCACGUCGUUCGCUGGCCAAAAUACGCACCGCUGCGGCCAAUUGCAAACAUAUACUGACAACGCUGCCGUCCACGCAGCUGUACAUAGAUUCGCUAAUGGAUGGCGUGGAUUUCAAUGCGCAAAUGUCGCGGGCACGCUUCGAGAGCCUCAUCCAGCCGGUGAUCAAUGGAUUUAUGCAGCAGCUUGGCGAGUGCGUGGAACGCGCACAGCAGGAGCACCCAGAGCUGAAGCGCAUCGAUGAUAUUGUGCUGCUGGGCGCCACCAUGCAAAUACCAAAACUGCAAGCGGCUGUGGCGGCACGCUAUCCGGAUGCCAAGCUGCACAACAGUCACUCGACGGACGAGGUUGUGGCCAUUGGCUGUGCGCGUCAGGCUGUGUUUCUGCUCGAUCCACUGCAGGCACAGCUGCAAAAGGCCGACGACUGUGUGCUGGUCGAGGAUGAUUUGUACAUUUGGCAUGGCAACGAUGAGACCAAUGCAAAACUGGUGCUAAGCAAAGGCAGCAUAUUGCCGGCCAAGAUCAAAGUCUCGCUGCCGCAGUCUGGUGAGGGCGAUGCCAUUGAUGCCCUGGCCUCGUUCAAGCUACGCGCCGGGCAGAGCGAAAUAAUGGCGCAUCUGCCAGAUACGACGCCAACCAUAGACGACGGACUGUUUCAGCUGGAGGUGGAAGUGGAUUGGGAUGACAAAGAUGGUAAUAUAGUGCCAUUGGUGCGACUGCGUUGCAUGUGAACUCAAUCAUUUAGUCUAUUUAUUGUUGGUAGCCUAAUACUUAUAAUACGACGAGUUUAUAAUAAAUUCAAAAGCUUCAAUCAAUUA